GCAGUCUAGGAUCCUGUUACAAGACCAGGGAAAGAGGAUAAACUCUGUGAAUUAUAAUCCCUGAAGAACUUUCUUCCAAAACAGGACUUUAUACGCGAUUCUUCUUGAUCUGGACAUAAUGUCGGACAAAAGCGAGUUGAAGGCAGAGCUGGAGAGGAAGAAACAGCGCCUUGCUCAGAUCAGGGAGGAGAAGAAGAGAAAAGAGGAGGAACGCAAGAAAAAAGAAACUGAAGGCGCCUCUCCGCCACAUGAUGACUCUGAUCUGGAGAGGAAGAGGAGGGAGGCAGAGGCUCUGCUGCAGAGCAUGGGCAUCACCGAUCCUGCCAUGGUCCCCCCUCCCAUGUCUCCCUCUGCCAAAUCAGUGGGCACUCCGAGUGAAACCGGCAGCCAGGACUCGACAGAUGGCGCCACCGGAGCCAGGACUCUGCACUGGGAUUCUGACCCCUCCACUCUCCUGCUGCAUUCAGACUCUCAGCAUGGACGAGGUGCUAUCAGGCUCACCAUGGCUAAAGUGACCCAAGUGGACUUUCCUCCUCGAGAGCUCGUCUCAUACUCUAAAGAGACGCAGACUCCCGUCUCCACUCAGCCUAAAGAUGCGGAAGAGGAACCCGAAGAGGAGGAUCUGGCAGUGGCACCGGCUGCUCUCGAGUCUCCGCAGGAAAACGAACCUCACGCUGAGGAAGAAGAGGCGCCACAUCGUGAGCUGACGGAGGAGGAGAAGCAGCAGGUCCUACACUCGGAUGACUUCCUGAUGUUUUUCGAUCACAGCUCUCGCAUUGUAGAGCGAGCUCUGUCCGAGCAGGUGGACGUCUGCUUCGACUACAGCGGACGAGACCUCCAGGACAAAGAGGGAGAGACCCAGGCUGGGACCAAGCUGUCCCUGAACAGACAGUUUACAGACGAGCGCUGGUCCAAACACAGAGUGGUCACCUGUCUGGACUGGUCACCUCAGUUCCCAGAGUUGUUGGUUGCGUCCUACAGCAGUAAUGAAGAAGCUCCUCAUGAGCCGGACGGUGUGGCGCUGGUGUGGAAUAUGAAGUACAAGAAAACAACGGCGGAGUACGUCUUCCACUGUCAGUCGGCGGUGAUGUCAGCAGCAUUUGCACAGUUUCAUCCGAACCUGGUUGUGGGUGGGACGUACUCGGGACAGAUCGUCUUGUGGGACAAUCGCAGUAACAAGCGGACACCAGUACAGAGGACACCUCUCUCUGCCUCCGCACACACGCACCCAGUGUACUGUGUGAGUGUAGUCGGGACUCAGAACGCUCACAACCUCAUCAGCAUCUCUACUGACGGCAAAAUGUGCUCCUGGAGCCUGGAUAUGCUCUCCACACCUCAGGACAGUCUGGAGCUGGUGUUUAAGCAGUCUAAACCAGUGGCAGUGACAUCCAUGGCGUUUCCUCUGGGUGAUGUUAAUAACUUCGUGGUGGGCAGUGAGGACGGCACCGUCUAUACCGCCUGCAGACACGGCAGUAAAGCGGGGAUCAGCGAGAUGUUUGAGGGUCAUCAUGGCCCAGUUACGGGGCUCGACUGCCACACAGCCACCGGACCUGUUGAUUUCUCUCACCUGUUUGUGACAUCGUCCUUCGACUGGACUGUCAAACUGUGGAGCACCAGGAACACGAAACCGCUGUACUCGUUCGAGGAUAACUCCGACUACGUGUAUGAUGUCAUGUGGUCUCCUGCUCACCCUGCACUGUUUGCUUGCGUUGACGGAGUUGGACACCUUGACUUGUGGAAUCUUAACAACGAAACUGAGGUUCCCUCAGCUUCAGUGACAGUAGAUGGGAACCCAGCGCUAAACCGCGUGCGCUGGGCCAAUUCCGGCAGAGAGGUUGCCGUCGGUGAUUCUGAGGGUCGCGUACACAUCUACGACGUAGGAGAGCAGAUCGCCGUGCCGCGGCAGGACGAGUGGACUCGCUUCAUUAAAACGCUCAGCGAACUCAGUGAGAACCAGGAAGAGGCGGAGGAUCUGGCAACCCAGCGCCUUGCUGCCUGAUUUGAGUCCCAGGCUGCUCACAGUGAUCUUCACCCUCAGAGUCAGGUUUUAUAUUUCUGUAGAGCAGGGCUGAAAGUUCCUGAGUGACAAUCUCGAGCUUCCCUUCAUUCACUGCGCUGAAACCCUUCCACUUUAAUCUCCAUCAGGGAGAAUGUCGUAAUGAGCAAAGACGUCAACGAUAGGAUGGAAAAAGCCAGGAAAGUGGGAUAAUUUCCAAAAAAGAGAGGUGUUUUUAGAAAGUAGGGAAGACCACGAGAGCUAAAGCUCACACUUAUCCACUAGAAACCAUGAUAUUAAACAGUGCACUGGCAAACUACUCUAUUUUCCAGACUAUAAGAUGUUUUUUUUUUUUUUUCCUCUAGCAGGAUGCACAUGUUGUAAUUUCUUCUUCUGUUUAAUUGUAUUACCUUCAUUUGUUUUGUAUAGUUAUGGUAAUUUGUUGUUUUGUGUGCUAAAUUAACACAACUGUUGCCUUGAUGCAAAUAUAAAACCCCUUAAAUUAACAUUACAUAAAUAAAUUAACAUCAUGGAACAAACAGAAGCCAGAAACAAUGAAGCCACAAUGUUAAACAUGUUUAGUUAGCUGUGUAAUGCUAGCUAAGCUGACUAAAGUGUUAAGACGAGAUAAAACUUUAUUAAUCCUGAAGGAAAUUCUUGUGCCAGAAAUCACUCCAUAACAAUAAAAUAUGUUAAAAUACCAACAAUAUUAGCCAGCUUAGCUAGCAUUGUGUUAGGCAGCUAAGUGUUAGCUAGCUUAGCUAGCAUUACUUAGCUAAUUAAACAUGUUUAACCCACUGAGAUCUAUAUGAAAUCUGGAGAGCUCAUAGACUGGUCAGAGUGAUGCCAGCUGGCCGCCAUCUUACCACUCCCAUCGCGGAGCGGGACUGGCAUUUAGACUACUGGAAGCUACACAAAACUGGACAAGUUAUUUAUGUAGCUGGUGAGAAAAAUCAGAAGAAAAAUGCCUACAUGUGCAGCAGCAGUGAACUGUACGAACUGUCAGGUCAAAGGUUGUGGACGGACAUUUCACGUGUGAGUAUUGAUAGCACUGGUCUACAGCCAAAAUGCUUCCGAAAUAAAUAUAAUUAAAUUUUACUAAUUCUGGGUCGCUGAGAAUGAAAAUGAAACCUAAAAUUGUUUAUUGGCUCUAGUUUUCAAAAUUGGCUCUAUGAAUAAAUCUAUGAUUGGGUUUGGAUCGUGCUUGCUUUUUUGGCAAAACAAUAAAUGAUGCGAUCUGAAGCUGGUAUUGCAUCAUACAUGAUGUCAUGUUAUUCCUAGAAGUCACUGAUGAUGCAAUCAUAAGUCAACUUACAUCACUCUGCUGAACAAACUGCCCUAUAAUCAGCUCAAGAAAAAAAAUCAUACAGUGCUAUAUGAACUCGAGAUUAAGGCUUUGCUUGACAAGAGAUGCUCCGUUUCAUGAAAACAAGAGACGAGCUGCCAAAAAGCACUGAGUUCACACUGAAUAAGGACUAAACCUAUUCAGUACUUUAUACAUAAUUGUUUUUUGCCAUUUGGUUCAUAAUAAAUUUUAUUUAUAUAAAUGUUUUGCUGACUUUCUAGUGUUACAUAAAGAGAACAAGUGAAAUAUCAUGUAAACCAACCACAAACACAUGAAGAGACCCAGGUUUACAGUUUAUACUUAAAACGUUACGAUCUACACAAUGUACAUAAGUAUAAAAUGUAAAAUCUUAAAUAUCUCGGAAGCCGUAGCCAAUCAACUGUUUUAAUUGUCAUAUUUGAAUUCACACACCAAAUUUCAUAACAAACAGACGAUUUCACCUCUGAAGCAAACACCUUCUGAAAAAUUGUUGACCAGUGUAGCUAGCGUGUGAUCAUUUUUACACGUGUGUGCACAGCACCAUUUGCGUGGACCCCCUAUAGAAAUAGCAAAAAAUCUGGGAUAUAUGGGAUGAACACUGUGACUGUGCCAGAUUUUCGAAGGAAAAGACCCAGACAAGAUCAAAGCCAAAGUCUAGACAUGUUUGAUAUUGAAUGUGAGAGCUCAAUGGCUCAAAUUCAAAAAGAAAAAUGAACUGAGUAAAUUAGCCUCAGGAGCCUAAAUGAAAGAAGGACUAGAGCCUGAGGCAGAAAUGGCAGUGAGGGAUGCAAAUAAAGAGAGAUAUGUUAUUGUUCUAGUUUGGUCAGGAGUUAUUUUCAUUUACCGAAGGCGAAGCACAGUUAACAAUGUAGAUCAUCUGUACGUCACACCCACUUACACAAAUUGACAAAAUGGGCAUGAUUAAAUAACAAGAGAAAAUCUUGUUUCAACA